CUUGGGCGCCUGCUGUCCGCCCAUGCGGAAGCCAUUGAAUCCGCCGCCUCCGCCGCCGGCACCACCAGGCGGCUCUGGACGCCGCGGCGCGUCCGGUGGCGAGGAGCGCGGGCGGCGGCAUGCGCGACAAAGGGCGUAUAUGCGGUGUGGUGGAGCUGUGGGUAGCGCAGGAAGUGGUUGGGAAGAGCGAGACGUCGUGAGCGGGCCCGGGAGAUGUGGGAAGUGAUGAGGAGUGGAAGGUGGCCUUGCGCACCUCUAGCGUCAGGGUGCUGGCAGGUGCGAGAAGCUUCGCGGCCGGCUCCACCUCGGCGCGCGCUUACGCGAAUUCCCGAUUUCCGUGCCGCACCUCGACUUCUCGCGCCGGCCUUCUUCGUCGGCUAUAAAGCGUCGACGCAACCUCCGAGGCAGCUUUCACCGCAUCAAUCUCCCUCCUGCUACUCUGCUGAGGCUCAGCGACGUGCAGUGGCAAGCGCGCAGCAAGAGUGCCGCUGCCGUCUCGGCCAGGGCUGCGCAUCACGCAUGGCGAAAGUCUCAUCAGAUGCUGCGCAGCGGGGUCGGGAUGGCGGUGUGGCGCUGAGGUGCCGGCCGUGCUCAGCCACAUCUGGGCCGCUUCCCACGCUUGCGCCGCCGCGCCGCGCUGCGCACCGCCUCCGGCCUGGCCAUGCUGCGCCUCCGGCCAGCUGAGCAGCUGCGCAAGGCCCUCAUCUCGACGGCUCUCGAACGAAGUCUGCUGCGCACAGUCGCAGCUCUCCCGCUGCGCACUUCUCCCCCCUCACGUCUAUAAGAAGCGCCCCUCCUCGCCUCCCCAGCCGCGCUCUUCACGACACCAUGACCACGCCCGCUCCUGCCCGCGUCUCAAGCCCCACACUCUCCGGGGUAUCGACGAACUCGGACUCGUCGCUCUCCAUCAUCGAGUGCGAUGCUCCGGCGCCA